AUGAAUCAUGCUCUAGCCAGUGCUGGUUCGUAUGUAGGUGGCUACAUCGGAGGUGGUAUCGGCGGACUCAUCGUGUUGGUUUUGGAUGUGAUUGCGAUAUUCGAUGUUCUUCAAACAAACCGCACUGUUCUCGGAAAGUUACUUUGGAUUUUAUUGAUUAUUUUCUUUCCUAUUGGUGGUAUGUAUGAAAAUGAUGAUUUAUUACGAGUCUAG